UUCUAUUAAGUACUUCCGGUGUUAUAAUUGAAGAACAGAUACUUCUUUCUGUAUAAGUAUUGUUUUAUUUUUCUUGACAUACACGGAAAUGAAAACACUUGAUGCGUUGUAUAUGCUAUUAAACAUUGAACGUUAAGAGUAUUUCGCGUUUGUUGUUGAUAUAAAAUAUGACAUGUUGGAGUUUACUGUGCAGUGUUAGUGAGACAUAUUUACUCAGUAGCUGGAGCUAAUUAAUCAGUUAAUAGGUUCAUUACAAGAUAUGGCCACGGACGACGAAGAUAGAAUAAUUAAAGAGAAGCUUAAACCGGUUGAAAAAUGGAAAAAUAAGUUUAAAGAUGACUGGAACUACAAAAAGAAGCUGGUGGUAUUUGAAGAUGCCGACGGCAACAUAGUUACACCGACGACGACAACAACAACAACUACGACCACGACACCGAGACCAAAUAUAACAUCACCGCAACAAAAUGUAACCAAAUAUACACAGCCGACCAAGUUCUCAUCAAUAGCAGUUGUAACAACAAUAGAUCCAAGAUCAGAUAAAGUGAAAUCGGCGGACACAACAGAACUGAUAAAGAUUGUCGGCAUUACAUGUGCAUCGCUGAUUGGGAUUAUUUUGCUGGCAGUUAUCGUCAUACGGUGUUGCAGAAAGACUACGGCCAAACGAAAAGAAAGAGUGACAGUGAGACGGCCGCUACAUGACGCAGAGCGAGAGGAACAUAUAUACGCCGAGAUAGAGCCACUUCAGGCUGCACGGACGCCAAGCCCAGGUGGCGCCUCGGGGAGUUCGAGGGAUGUUGCUUUGCCAAGUAAGAAAUCAAAGAAGCGGCGAGGAGGGGUAUCGAGUUUUCGCGCAUUAUCAACACGUAUUUAUAGAUUUUUUAAUGCUGACACAGAUAACCAGUCUGUGUUUUAUAACCGGACCAAUCAACAAGCUACUGUAGAAGAAAUCCCCCCAGAACCACCAGAAAGAAAUAUAGCUAAUGGUAAGAAAACAAAACGUGUAAAUCGUUUUGAAUCUACUGCCUCCCGGCGACCACUUCUCGAUGGAGAUUCUCGCACAGACGUCUCUCCACGAGACUCCACGUCGUCUGCUGCAGACAUGAGAGGAAAUAUUUAUAACCCAUUACUUAGGGAAAGUGAAGGUCGUGCUCCUUCCGGUCCAUACGAUCAUCUGACUUUGAGUAAAACUCAGUCAGGUAACAUUAGAGACAGUGGUGUGCCUCCUUCGCCUCAUGAUUAUUUCACUCUGGAGAAAACAUCAAGGGAGGUAAAUCCUGAUGCAGAUGGUGAGCAAAAAGAUAGUGGAUAUUUGACUGAAUCAAAUUCAGUUCCUCAAGACUCAGUUGUGAUUGAAAAUGAGUUACAUGGUGGCAUAGAUACUAUUGAAGAAGAAUCUGAAUUAACAGGAACACCAAAAAAUCAUGACUAUUUUAUACUUGAGCCUCAUCAAAGAGAAUCAAUGAAGAAAUCAGACGCUAACAGAAGUGUUAAAUCUAACCAGUCGACCAGUGCGUCUGAAGGUUCUUCUAAAGUAGAAUCACCAAUAAAAGAUCAUAAAACUAAGCCUGAAGUAACACCAAGAGUUACAAAGACUUCUGAAGGCAAAUCUCCCACAAAGUCUAUCCCUACCACUCCAGCCAAUGAUUUAUCUAGUCCGUAUGAGGUAGCAGUUGACAUUGAUGCAAGUGUAAAAGACACACAGGAUGUAAAUAAUACAGAAGUAAAAAGUAGAGAAUCUAAGGAGGAAACUUAUGUGUUAUCUAAAUUAGGGGAUGCCCCAAAACCACCAGAAGCAGUGAAUGACGAUGAAUAUUUAAGUCCUGUCGAUGUUGAGAAAAAGCCAGAUUAUGUAGAUGUUUUUCCAAAUCCUCCACCACGUUCAAGUUCGCUACAGCCUCAUGAACUUGGUGAUCAUCAAUCUCCAGAUCAUAGUUCUCCUUCUCAUAGUAAAAUUCCACCGAAGCACGAAAGCACCUCACCGGUGCAUAAGACUGGAAAUAGUUCACCUAAACAUAAACAAAAGGCUUCGCAAAAAGAUUCACACAAAUCACCGUCACACAAAUCCCCUUCACACAAGCCUGUUUCUCCUACACGCAGCAAAGUUGAAACAGACAUAUAAGAAGUGUAUGUAAUUUGAAGCCGUUAGUUUUAAAAAGGGCCAUCACUUCAAUUUAUUUUAGAGAUAUAAUAUUUUGAAAACAUCUUAUGUUCUUUAUCACAGUAGAUGUAUUGUGAUAAUUGUAAAAAGACCUGUUUUUUUUUUAAAGUAUAGCGACACAUACCUCACUGAAAACAUCUUUUGUGAAUCUGAUAAUUACAUUUGUCAAAAAGUCCAAUACUUUACUAGCUCAACAAAGCAAUGUUCUGCCAAGAUCAUUCUUUUUAAAAGUGACGGCUCAAAAUGUAAAUUGAUGAACAUUUAGUUAAUUAAAAUGUUCCAGACAUUUUACAUUGAUAAACUAACUUAUUCUAAUGUCGUUACAAUUAAUACUAUGGUUUCAUUAUUUUUAAGAUUACUAUAAUUAAAUCUGCUAAGUGUCUUAUUACUGUAAAAAGUACCCCAAAAAAAGAUCAAGGAUAAUAUCAAGGUACAAUAAAUGGGUAUCGACUGCAACCGUUUCUUUCUUCAAAUCUACUCUUUUUGUUCCCACCAUCUUUUCACCAAGUUCUAUUUUAAGCGGGCGACCGAUGAUGUAAAUGGAUGUUUCCUUAAUUAAUAUUCAGUUAGUUAUUUAACCAAGAUUAAAGAUUUGGAUUAGGUCCUACAAAAUUUAUUUUGUCAUUUUCUGACAUCAUUUUUUAUAUAGAAUGCGUUUAUGUUAUAACAUUCUUUUAAUUCGGUUUUGGAAUUUUUUAGAAAUAUUUCUAUGUGUUUUCUAUCGAAAACUUUUGUUUUCAGAUUUGUGCCUUGGGACCAUGUUAUAAUAUAUGCAUUCCUUCUUAUUAAUUAAUUCUAUUUUUAGACUAACUUGCCUAUUACCUCAAUGGCAUUUAUAUCUUCUGUGUUCUUAAAAGCAUUUAAUAUUUCAUUUCCAUUUCUUUAAAUACAUGUGUUUUUUAACGUGAUUGUAAAUUUCAAAUUGCAUGAUUGGUUAAUUAUUUUAUUGCCGUUUUGCAAGAUGGCAGAAAAUUGUCAGUUAGAACAUCCUCCUUUAUUCAUUUGGAAUUUAUUCAUUUGUAAUAACUAGAAAUCUAGUGUUAUGAUAACAACUUGGAGUCGUGUAAUAUAUAUUUAUGUCCCCCUUCAAAGAAGAGGGGGUACAUUGUUUUGCUUAUUGUGGGUUUGUCUGUAGGUCGUUAGACCCCUUAGUUUCCGGCUAAUAACUAGAGAAUGCUUUGUUUCACAAUGGCCAAACAUCAUAGGAUGAUGGCUUGUGGUUAGUGGAUGAUCCGUAUUCAUUUUGGGGUCAGUAUUGGUCAAAGACACAGUGAUCCCGAAACUGAAAACUAUUGCCGCUCAAUAACUUAAGUACGUUUUGACUUACGGCCAAAUUUCAUAGGAAGAUUGCCUGUAUAGUUUUAAGGGUCAGUAGGUCAAAGGUCAAAGUCAGACUGAAAAUGAUUUCCACUCAAUAAUUGAAGAACGCAUUUGCAGUCAGUCUUCAUUGGAUGGUUGCCUGUAGGCUUUAGAUGACCCUGUUGUUUUAGGGGUCAUUUGGUCAAAAGUCAAGGUCACAGCAUAUAGAAUCACUUGCAUCUUAGAUGAGGAGGGGAACUUUUAAAAAGUGUUUUAACUUUUGAAUACUACAGCCACCAAUUGCAACCUAUUGUUCUUGGCCCAGAUACACGCUACUUAUAACAUUGCAUAUACGACAUACUGCUUCUUACAUUGUAUAUUUUUAUUAAAGGCAUGUUGUACUGAGAUAAAACAGAUUUUCAGCUAAAACUUUGUACCAGGAUGUCUCUCAUUGUUCACCAGAAAUUUAGAGUGUGUAAUACUUGUCAGAUAGAAUACUUACUGUAAUACAGUACAGUGUGUCAAAACAGGUCAUGUUUUCAGCUCACCGGAACUUUGUCCAGGGUGAGGUAUUAAUAUAGGUGAACGGUCCGGUGUCCAUCGUACAUCGUCCUGCUUCUUGCAUCAACAUUUUUACUUAAAUAUCUCCUCUGAAAGUAUGACUACUUGCCAGAUUUUCACCAAAAUUAGUCAGUAGAACCUGGCAUGGACCUUUUACAAGUUUGUUCAAAUGAUUCAGCUUGGCACCUUUUAGGGGCCACUAGAACUAAAAAUAGAAAAACAUUUAAACAACAUUCUCAUAAACUGCUUCAUAGGUCUUCGCCAAAAUUGGUUUGUAGCAUAAUUAUAAGGUCCUCUCCCAAUUUUGUUCAAAUGGGGGCACUUUGCUCCUUUUUAGGGGCCACUAAAGCUAAAAAUAGAAAAAAACAACAUUUAAACAACUUCUUCUCAUGAACCCCUUGAUAGAUCUUCAUCAAACUUAGUCUGUAAUGCAAUUAUAUAAUAGGGUCCUCUCCUAAUACUGUUCAAAUGGGGGCACUUUGCUCCUUUAAGGGACUGCUAGAGAUCAAAUUAGAAAGAUCUUUAAACGAUUUCUUCAAUAACCAAUAGAUGGAUCUUCAUCGAUCUCGGUCUGUAGCAUCAUUAUAUGGUCCUCUCUCAGAUUUACACUCAGCCCCUUUAAGGGGCCUCUAUGUGAAAAUAAGACUUCUUCUCAUGAACUGCUCUAUGUAUCUUCAUUUAAAUGGUCUGUUGCAUCAGUAUAAAGUCCUCCCAGAUUUAUUCAAAUGGGGGCGAUAAACCCCUUUAAGGUGCCACUAGAGCUAAAAAUAGAAGUACCUUAAAUGCCUACUUCCUAUGAACUGUUGGAUGUAACUUCACCAAACAUUAUCUUUAGCAUCAUUAUAAGGGCUUCUCCCAAGCUUUUUUCAAAUUGGGGCACUUGGUCCUUUUUAAGGGCCACUAGAGCUGAAAAUAGAAAUGACUUUAAACAACUUCAUCUCAUGAACAGCUAGAUGGAUAUUCAUCAAACUUGAUUUGUAGUAUCAUUAUAAGGUCCUUUACUAACUUUUUUAGUUCGGGGCACUUGGCCCCUUUUAGGGGCUGCUAGAGGUAAAAAUAGAAAAACCUGUAAAUAACAUCUUCUCAUGAACUGCUUGAUGGAUCAUCAUCAAACCUUGUCUGGAGCAUCAUUAAAAGGUCCUCUUCCAAAUUUCUUUAAAGCGGGCAUUUUGGCUCCUUUUAGGGGCCACUAGAGCUAAAAAUAGAAAUACCUUUUAACAACUUCAUCUCAUGUACCACUAGAUGGUUAUUCAUUCAGCUUUGUCUGUAGCAUUAUCAUAAGGUUCUCUCCAAGUUUUGUUAAAAUGAGGGCACUUGGCCGCUAGAACUGAAAACAUAAAUGCCUUUAAAUGACUUCUUCUCAUGAAGGGCUUGAUUGAUCAUCAUCAAACUUGAUUUGUAGCAUCAUUUUAAGGCCCUCUCCCAAGUUGUUCAUUUGCAGUUUUUGGCCUAUUUAGGGACUGCUGAGUUAAAAAUAGAAAAAAGAUUAAAUGACUUCUUCUGAUGAACCGCUGACUGGAACUUCAUCAGACUUGGCCUGUAGCAUCAUUGUAAGAUCCCUUUCCCAAGUUUGUUCGAAUAAGGGCACUUAGCCUCUUUAAGGCUAAAAAUAGAAUAACCAUUUAAUGACUUCUUCUCAUGAAUAGCUUGAUGGAUCUUCAUCAAACUUGGUCUGUAGUAUCAUUGUAAUAGUUCUGCUUGGUCCCUUUUAGGGGACACCAGAGCUAAAACCAGAAUUUAUUUUAAAUAACUUUAUACCAUGAAGUUUGUUCUAAUGUUAUGCAUUUUUGGGGCAUCACAGCAAAAUAUAGAAAAAUCCUUUUAAAAACUUUUUUAAUGCACUACUUAAAGGAUUUUCACUAAACAUAGUUACAGGCAAGGUCAGGUCCGGGUGAGCGACUAAGUCCCAUUUAGGCCUCUUGUUAUGAGUUAAUUAUGGAUACUGUAUAUGAUGACUUAUUUAAAACCGUAUGUUUUUGGCUAAGAAAGGAAUAUGUGUUGUUAAUGCCCUUCAGGAUCAUGAAAUUUUUCUAAUUUCUCAAGUAAUUGUUCAUUUCUUAUCAUUGUAAUGUAGCUCUCAUCUUUGCUACACUUCAAUACUGAUAGUCCAAAUAUGUUUUCUUACUUUAAGCCAUGCACAUGUUAUACUACCAAUUCUGAUGAAACUUAUGACAAAGGCUCUGCAUUCCGUGAUAGACUACAUGUUUUCAUAUGACACCUCAGUUGGUAAGAAGGCCAAGAACCAUAAGGUGUGUUUUUUUCAGAAAAAAAUGUGCCUUUUUGUACUUAGAAAGUUAGAAUUUUCUUGGUUAAAUAUGUUUUUAUGAUGUCCUCUUUUCUUGUAUGCUGUAAAUGCUAUAGCCUUGAAACUUUAUACACAUUUAUUCAUCAGUAACAGAAUAGGCAGAUGAAGGAUCAUCUCUCGCAUUGUUGACCUUUCUGUACUUAGUUUUCUUGGUAAAAUAUGUUGUAAAGGACCACUUUUCUUGAAUAAUGUCAAAAUUUAUGGAAUCUUUGAAUACCUGUUUUUCAUCAUUUGAUGAGUAAGUAGGUAAAGAACCAUAACUCUCUUUCGCAUUUUUUGGCAUGAUGGCCCAUUUUGUACUUAGAAAAUUGAUAUCUGUGUUAAAGUGACCAGAACAGUAACUGUGGUUGGCACACUUAGUGUACUUACUAUGUUUUUGAAGUGAUUCAAGGGAUUUUUUUCAAACUUGUUGUUACUGACCUUCAUCCAUUUGGCAAGAUACAUAAUUCUGACAAAAUAAUUUCUUGAAUUUUGCUACUUUAUUUUCAUAAAGUUUUUUUUAAAUUUUUGCAUACUAAUUUUGAAAUUAAGGUAUUUUUUGAAUAACUUAAUAGGAUUGCAACAGGCUUACGACAGAUGUUGGUCCAUAAUUUUAACAAAUUUGAUGUUCUUUUAAAAAAAAUUUACAAAUCAAAACAUGAUAGCAUGUUACUACUCCUUCAGAAUCAGAUAUAAUAGUGAAAAUCUGUUGCUACUGUUUCGUCAAAGUUAGCAGUAUUUAUUAUCUGCUACUUAUAAUUCCACGGUAUGAUUUCUGUGCAACAGACCAGCAAAAUAACAUCCUCUUGAAUAAUUUAUGUUUAAUUUGAUAGCAUCACACAGUUGCAGAAAGGCCAUUACUACACUCUUGGCUUAUGACUUACAAUCUUGGAUUAUACCUUUAUGUUACUUCAAUAUUUAUGUAAUUGUUUCUUUCAUUUUCCCUCAUUUAAGGUCACUAUUUACUGUCCAGCUUGAAAAUAUUCAAGCUGACAGCACUUUGUUUUUCAUUUUGCUCACAAGUUUUCUGUUACCACAUAUUUGUACCCAUGACUACUUUUUUCAUGUUUGCUCAAAAUUCAUGAUAUCUAAGAAUUAUAAUUAAUAUUGAAUAUAGUUAUUGCUGUCACAACAAUGCAGUUAACAUUGAAUAAAGUUAUUGCUAUCACAACAAUGCAGUUAACAUUGAAUAUAGUUAUUGCUAUCACAACAAUGCAGUUAACAUUGAAUAAAGUUACUGCUGUCACAACAAUGCAGUUAACAUUGAAUAUAGUUAUUGCUAUCACAACAGUGCAGUUAACAUUGAAUAAAGUUAUUGCCAUCACAACAGUGCAGUUAACAUUGAAUAUAGUUAUUGCCAUCACAACAAUGCAGUUAACAUUGAAUAAAGUUAUUGCCGUCACAACAAUGCAGUUAACAUUGAAUAUAGUUAUUGCCGUCACAACAAUGCAGUUAACAUUGAAUAAAGUUAUUGCUAUCACAACAAUGCAGUUAACAUUGAAUAUAGUUAUUGCUGUCACAACAAUGCAGUUAAUAACAUUGAAUAUAGUUAUUGCUGUCUAAGCAGUGUAAUACAUUUCAUGAUAGUUCCAAACCAAUUUUUUAAGCCUAUACUUUAUUUUCGUAAUUGUAUUGAAGAUAGAUGUGUUGUUAUUUUUUGGGGUUUUUUUUGUAUUUUAAGCAGGUGAUACUACAUUGAUUCAUACUUAAUUAGAAAGUGAAACUUUUUACUGUAAAAUUCAAACAUUUUUCCCUUUGUUACUUUUUUAACAGCUGACUGCAUGCAAUCUUUUCACAUGUUUUGAUAAGUUGCUAUGUGCAUGAUGUCACUUAUCAACUGUUGAUGCUGAAUUUUGUCUUUCAGUAAUAUUUUUAUGGUGUAUAAUUUAUAAUUAAUAAUUUAAUGGUGUAUGAUGGCAGUAUAUAUUGAAUAAUCCCAGGGAUGGCCAUUGAAAUCUGUGCAAGGAAUCGAGAAGAGCAGAAGAAUGCUAACCCAAAUAUUUAAGUAAAAUCCUGGUCUCGCUUUCAAAGUAAAUAAAUAAUCUGGCUUAAAUUCCACGAGUUAAAACAUAGGAUCUCCCUUAAAAUAUUCCAAAACAGAUACAUUUUGAAAAGAAAAGAACAUUCUUUGGCUUUAGUUUAUGGAUAUCUUAGUAUUUUUGAAAAAAAAAUCCUAACUUCACUCACAGUAAAUAUUCUUUUCCAUACCUUACAGGCGCGUGAUCAAACUCCAGUUGAGAGACAUGUAUUUUGUAUAAUCUGGCCAGUUUCAGCUACUAUAUACUAGAAUCUUCAAAAAUAUGGCCUCCCUUCGUCCCAGUUUUUCUUGGUAAAUAAACAUUCUAGCUUAAUCUGACCCCAAACAACCAGUCUCCCGCCUCUUCUUAUGGUCAGGGCAACCAUUAUUAAUUUUUAUGUUUGUUAGUGACCCUGCAUGGAAAAAUGUGGGGUCAGUAUGAUAAAUGAUGGCGAGGCGUUAGCUGAGUCCCCAGAUAUAUCUGACUGACCCCACAUAUUUGUGUGAAGGGUCACAUACAAACCCAAUAAUUGAUUUGUUUUACUGACCACUUACUUUAAGCCUAGCCCAACAUGAAAAUCUACUGACCUUCCACAGAAAUACAGGGUGUCACUAUGUGACCAUCUUUUAACAAGUGGAAAUGCUAGAAUCUUGUGUGAGGUAUGAAAUUUUUUUGCCAAAUAUGUAUUUUUGCUUUAGUAAGCUGGAACAGUUUAUUUUUUCUUGCCAGUUAAGGCUGUCGUUCAUAGCGAUAUUCUUAAAAUAUAUAUACAGUUAUAGACAUUGUGAAUGUAACUUUAAUGUACGUUAUUUUGGAUUCCAUUUUACAUUUAUUUUAUGGAAUUUUAUCAUAAAGUUUUUAAGUAUGAUAUAGAAAUAUUUAAAUUGAUGUACAUGUAUUUGUAAUGUGUGAUUAUUUUAAGAGAACAUAUUCUCAUCUUGUAAUAAACAUGAAGAAAAAGAAAGGUUUAUACAUUUACACAUGCGGUUUUAACAUUAUGCUUAUUAUUGCUUUUAUGCUAAUUUCUACAGAACCUCUCUUCGUACAUCUUUCAGUAUUUGAUAGUGUUUAAUUGUCGUUGUUUGGCUUACAAUGACUUAGUUUGCAUAUUCUAUCUUAAUUUUCUAUGUGCAAUAAAUGUUAUAUGUUUGUAAAGGAUUGAAAAUAUAAAGAAAUAUUCAGUUACAGAA